AUGGCGUUGGUUUUAUGGGGUGAGACUCUCCAAAAUAUCUACAAGGUUCAGUACCUUGCCAGUAGAGUUGAAACUCUAGAGUACUUUUCUUCUGAAGAAUUGCAUUCAAGGUUCAGUGCCUUGCCAAUAGAGUUGAAACUUCAAAUUCUAGAGUACAUUCCUUUUGAAGAAUUGUAUCCAUGGUUCAGUGCCUUGCCAAUAGAGUUGAAACUCCAAAUGCUAGAGUACUUUUCUUUUGAAGACGCAGCAAGAACAGGCAUCUUGUCAAGUACAAGUAAUUGGUCUGAACAUCCACAACUCAUACUUGACAAACGCCUCUUUGAAGAGCGCGGCCGAUGGAUUGAACCAGAUGCAAUUGCAUGGAUGCAGAAUGUUGCCGAAAUUCUCAAUAAUCAUCCUAAAGGUCCCAUUCGAAAGUUUAUUCUCCACAUUCCGGACAUGGAAUUUAACUGGGACCGAUAUAUAAAUAUCUGGAUACCAUUCCUGUGGAGCAAUGGUAUCAAGGAACUUUCCAUGGAUAAUUGGAAUAUUAUUACAUAUAAGUUUCUCCUUUUCUCUGAGUGUUAUGAAUUGACACGAUUAAAGCUCUGUAAUUGUGCAUUCCACAAAUCAUUUGGAAGCUUUCAGAAUCUCCGAUUCCUUCAUCUUGAUAAAAUAGCAUUUGGUUCCGACACAGUUGGUGAUAUUACACUCAGUACCCCAUCGCUUGUGCGGCGGAGCUUGUAG